AAGAAGCCGAAUCCAAACGUGGUUGGCCCUCAAUAUGCCAACGCCAUCAUGACGUGCUUCAAGGACAUCCACACCCACCUCCUCCUCACCAUCUCGGCAACGACAUUAGUUUCCAAGGCAACACGUGCAAAGUACAAUCUACCCGAUGAACCGGUCACCAUUGAAGAAGCACUUUCGGGGCCAUAUCACAAGGAGUGGAGGAAAGCCAUUCAAGAAGAGCUAGAUACCUUGGCGGAAAGGGGAACUUGGGUACUUAAGGAACUUCCAGAAGAAAGGAGGCCGGUUGGAGUGAGGUGGAUCUUCAAGAUCAAAACGGGAGACUUGGGUCAACUCGAGCGCUUCAAGGCAAGGCUCGAUGAAGGCUUGCUGUUUGAAGGAGGAGAAGAGGGACUUGAGCUCAUGGGAUAUGCCGAUGCCUCACAUGCAUCGGACAAGGAGACGAGGAGGGGGGCAUACGGCUAUGUCUACCUCCUUGCACAUGGAUGUGAAAUAUCACUGGGUGAGGGAGCAGUUAGAGAAGCAGCAGUUCAAGUUCGAGUUUGUGCGCACUGAGGAGCAAGCAGCUGAUUUCUUGACCA